UAGCGAACGUAACGCUAGUGUUAUAGCGAGUGAUGUGUUGUGUAUUGAAUGCAUUGAAUGCAUGAAGUGUUGACCAUUGACUGCAUCAUCACUUAUGCCUACAAUUAAUCCCUAAUUUAAUUCAAUUACACUUUUAUAUCCAUAUAUUUGUAUUUCAUUUCGCGUUUCGAUCAAUGCUUUUGAGUGCAAAGUAUUGUUGAACACAAUUAUUGACACCAUUUGUAUGAAUCAAUUGAUUUUGAGAGACAUUUUUGGGCCCAGAAAUGCAAAAUCCAAAUAAUAAUUACAAUCAGUUUAACAGUAAUUAUAAUUCAAAAUUAAAUAAUGGCUUCAAUAGUGCUAUGAAUGGUGUGAACAAUCAGAUGCCUAAUGGAUACCAACCGAUGCCAGCGAUGGCCACAACACACCCGACACAACCACCGCAACCACAACCGCAACACAAUUACAACUCCUAUCAGCCGAUCGGCCAAUCGUUUGCGCCGACCGGUCGUCCAGUCGGUCCGACUCUGGCCACCGAUUCGUACGUCAAUUCGAUGUACACUUCGCCGCCGAGUCAGCCAAACGCGAACCCAAUGAGACAACAAUUGCCGGCAUCUGUACCUCCGAUGCCAUCACAUAAACACUUUAACGCUAGCAAUGACUCAAAUGUUUUAAAUAAUCAAUACUUACCUCCGAUGCGAACACAACCGGCAGUCCUGCCCACAAACGGUCAGACAUUACCACCGAUUGGCAAUCAGUCUUACCGUCAGUCACAACAACCCCUACCGCCGCCACCGAUGAAUCCGCAAUCCUCUGCACCGGUAUUGCAAACACGACCGCCAAUACAACUACAACAACAAGCAAUAGUACCACCAAAACCAGUACCACUGGCGCCUCAAACGCACUUUCAAAGUCCACCGCCCGGUCCGCAGUCAACACAACCCGUUAACCACUAUAAUAAUUACGGCCAAAAUCAAGCCAUACCUCCGCCACCCAUAAACUCAUAUUCAAAUAAUAUGUCAAAUAUGGGACAUACAGUUCCUGCGGGCCAUGCGGUCACCUCUCAGCCCACGUAUAACGGACUCAACUAUAGUCAGACUCAAAGUGUGGAUCCAUUGACUACGAAAAUGAGCGCAAUGUCUGUAAACCAAACGUCUGUAAACCAAACGUGGGGUCAAAUGUGGAAUCAGGAGAGCGUUAAUUUGAUGACUGAAAAGGAUAUCCGAACCAAAGCUGUGUUGAAUGAACAGCAAAGAGCAGCCAAUUCUCAAAACGAUUUCGACACCAAUUGUAAUAAAGAGAUAAUGCGGUCAACUCUGACCAAAGUCCCCGAUUCGGCAUCUCUUCUACAGAAGGCUCGCCUCCCGUUUGGGAUUCUCAUCCAUCCCUUCAAAUCGGAUGACGACAUUCCGGUCAUUCAGGACAGCCCUAUAGUGCGGUGCAGAUCGUGCCGAACGUAUAUCAACCCUUAUGUCCGUCUAUUAGAUCAGCGCCGAUGGCAGUGCAACCUUUGCCUUAGAAUUAACGAAAUUCCGGAAGAAUUUCUUUAUGAUUACAAUACGAGACAAACGAUUGACUGCACGUCUCGACCGGAAUUAAAUUAUGGCUCAAUUGAAUACAUAGCUAGCGUUGAAUAUAUGGUACGCCCUCCACAACCGGCCGCAUAUCUGUUUGUGUUUGACUGUUCCCGACACGCGACUCAAAUCGGUUACAUCCCAUCCCUGGCCAAGGCUUUGAUGCAAUCAAUUGAUAAGAUUCCGGGCGAUUCGCGAACUCUGAUUGGUUUCAUUGCGUUUGAUUCAAAGCUACACUUUUUUAAUUUGGGAGAUAAACAGCCCAUUCAUUUAGUGAUGCCUGACAUUCAAGAUGUGUUUCUUCCGAAUUGUGACAAUAUUUUAGUUAAUUUGCAAUCAAAAAGAGCUCAAAUCGAAGAGUUUCUAACAGAUAUUUUGCCCACUUUUCCAUUGGAUGAUCCGAAUGAUGUGGUCUACGACACGGGAUCCGCUUUGGGCGCCGCCUUAACCGUGGCCUACAAAGUGUUGUCAUCACUCGGCGGACGAAUAACGCUAAUACAGGCAACACUUCCUAACAUAGGAAACACGAGCGACGGUUCAGUUCUGGCCAAUAGAGAGGACCCGAACAAGAGAACUAUAAACUCAAAUAAUUUGAAUGCAUUGACACCACUCCUGAAUCCCGGAACCGAUUUCUUCAAGAAAUUGUCGUUAGAGUGCUCUGAACAUCAGAUUGCAGUCGAUUUGUUUGACUUGUCGUCCUCUUACUCUGAUUUGGCAACCGUUGGGUCCGUUUCUAAAUUCAGUGGCGGUUCCGUUCACUACUACGGCGGAAGUCCUCCCUCUUGUCUAUUGGCCCGAUUCGAGGCCGACAUCAGACACUAUUUGGAAAGAAAUAUCGGUUUUGAAGCCGUUAUGAGAAUGCGUUGCACUCGAGGCAUAUCUAUUCAUACAUUUCACGGAAACUUUUUUGUCCGUUCAACUGAUUUGUUAGCGCUUCCGAACGUGAAUCCCGACUCUGGUUAUGGACUACAGAUAAGCAUAGAUGAAGACCUUAAAGACUAUACGAAUGUCUGCUUUCAAGCGGCAAUUCUGUACACAUCAGCCAACGGUGAAAGACGUAUUCGAGUGCAUACUCUGUCCCUUCCAGUGGUGACCACAAUAGGAGAUGUGAUUCAUUCUGCAGAUCAGGAGGCGAUCAUUGGUCUCUUGUCGAAGAUGGCUGUCGACAGAAGUCUUACGGGUUCGAUGUCUGACGCCAGAGAAGCGCUAAUCAAUGCAGUCGUCGAUAUUUUGAAUACAUACCGAGCGGUGAGCAGUGGGGCAGCCGGUGGUGCACUCGUCACCGCUGCCUCUACUCGGCUGUUGCCUCUCUAUGUCUUAGCCCUUAUAAAACACACUGCAUUUAGAGUCGGAAUAUCAACCAAAAUAGAUGAAAGAGUGUACGCAAUGGAACGGAUCAAAUGCCUUCCACUCAAACAGUUAAUGACAUAUAUUUAUCCUAAUCUUUACGCCAUUCACAACAUCAAUGAGAAUGAAAGGCCGACUCCCGUUCAGCUCACGUUCGCCAAUAUUGAACGCAAUGGAGUCUAUCUGUUGGACACUUACGACAAUCUGUUUGUGUAUAUCUGUAAAUCAGUUCACCCGCAAUGGUUGGCCGAAGUGUUUAAUGUGACGCAAUGGGCGCUAAUACCAGAUGACGGCGACUCCACCACUAAUAAUCAGACGCCAAAUAAUCCACAGAUAAGGCAGCGGUCGCCCGAACCCGAAGAACGGCCUAUCAUUCGAUUAUCGCAAUUGGAAAACAUGACAUCCAAACGAAUCCAUGCUUUUAUCGAUGAUAUCAUUAAAGAGCGACCAUUUCAGCCAAACUUUCAUAUUCUUAGAGAGGACAGUCGGCUUCGGUACGCAUUUUUACAGUACAUGUACGACGACAGGAAUGAAUCGGCGUUUAGUUAUUACGAGUUUUUACAACACAUUCAGCAACAGAUUAAGAAUUAG